GAAGUAGGUGGGUGGACGGGAAUGAUCGGCGAACUGAUAAAGGAGAAAGCAGACCUUGCUUUGGCGUCUUUUCCUGUAACGAAAGAACGAACCGAAGUUGUUGAUUUUACUCCGCCGCUUUUUGAUCAUGGCCUCGCCAUUCUCUACAAGAAACCACAAGUAGACGCGGAAGGAAAAUUACUAAUUCCUUUCGCAAACGUGUACGAACUGUCGAGACAAACGGCCAUACAAUAUGGGAUCGUCGCCGGUGGCUCAACAAGCCAUUUCUUCAAAAACAGCCAAGCUGAACCUUUCAAAAGAAUGUGGGCAUUCAUGGAAGCCCAUCCAGAGCAGUCGUUUGUGAAUGAUUACGAGAAAGGCAUCGAGCGCGUUCAGAAUUACAAUGGGACGUUCGCUUUUAUCAUGGAGAAGCUAGCGGCGGAAUAUGUCAUGGGCCGUGCCUGCGAUACUAUGGUUAUCGGUUUUGGUGAACGCUGGAAUUCCACCGUGAAAGGUAGCAGCCUGGCUCUUCCGCUGUCGUCUCCGUGGAAAUUGACAUUAUCUCGCCUGAUUGAGGAGCUGAAAGCCGAUGGUUCCAUUGCCGCCCUGUACGAAAAGUGGUGGAAGGGAACUUGCUAACGGACAAAAUGAGAAACACUGAGGAUAAUUGUCAUGUUAAAAUCAGUGUGUGCAACCAUGGAAUGGGAAGGGUUUUGAGAAGUGAAAUUAAAAUUUAUUUUUGGGGAAUUGGAAUGGUACUGUGUAUGUCACUUUAUUCACAUGGUGACAACACAAUGCAUACAUUGCACGUGCACGUUUCCAAUACAUUUACUCGCAGUAGCGUAUUGCAGAACUUUCUAAAUUUUAAUUGAUUAUUUUAUGUGAAUGACAGUGGAAUCGUUCAAUAUCCAAGAGUUCACA